AUGAAACAUGAUUUUCUGAAGGAAAAGGAGCUAAAAAUAAUUGAGAAAAUUGGUGAAGGGGCAUUUGGACAAGUGUACAAGGCCUCGUACAAAGGAGAAGAAGUAGCAAUAAAAUGUAUGCAAGGGGCAUAAUUAUAGGAAACAUCAAUUAUGGAAAGUCUGAAACACAAAAACAUUAUUAAAUUUUACAAGUAUUUUAAACAGGGAAACAGUCAGUAUUUGAUAAUGGAAUAUGCUGGAGGUGGUUCUCUGAGUGAUUAUAUGAAAAAAAGUUUAGAGGAGCAAACAAUAAGUGGCAUCAUGAAAUCAAUAUUCACAGCUAUAGAAUAUCUCCAUUCCAAAUAGAUUAUCCAUCGAGAUAUUAAACCAGAUAAUAUCUUAAUUAAAAAUAGUGAGGAUCUUUCGAGUGUUAAGAUUGCUGACUUCGGCUUGAGUUAUCAGUACAUGCCUGAAAUUCGAUAUUAUCAAACAGUUUCGUAAUAAUGUGGCACAUUUAUAUUUAUGGCACCUGAAUAAAUUUUAAAUAAAGCAUACAACAAAGCUGUUGAUAUGUGGUCGUGUGGUGUCGUCUUGUUUAUGCUAUUAAAUCAAGGCAAACAUCCAUUUUAUCCUCGAAUUUCAACCAAAAAGGAGUUCAUCAAUAGUUUUCCAGACCUUAAAUAUGAGCAACCCUUACAUGCAUCCCCAUUGGCAAGAGAUCUCCUCCAAAGGUUGUUGCAAUACGAUUAGGAUUCUCGAUAUACAGCUGCUUAAGCAUUGGUUCAUCCUUGGAUCACUCGUAAUUUUAAUCAUCCUAUUCCAAUGAGUGUUAAAGAAUUUGGUACUUGCCAAGAAUUAAAAAAGAAAGUUUUUUAAUACUUCAAGGCUGUUUUAUUUUUAAAUCAAGUUCAACAAGAUUCAAUCAAACAGUCGCCAAUUUAAUCCAAAACUGAUUUAGGAGAAUUCAAAAUAUCAAUUGUAGAGUUUGAUGAAGACAAUUAUGAACAGGAAUGCGAAGAUACCAACAGUCCUAAAAUCCAACAAUUCUUCAAUAAAUUAUCAAUACAAAGACCUACCAAAAUUUUAAAAUCAUUUCGUACACUCAAUAACAUCCCAUACAAGGGAAAACAUUAUUAAUUGAAUGCCAUCCUCAAUUAAACAAAUGAAUCACCAAUUAGAGAAUUAAAAAAAAUCAAACUACAAUAAUAAUUCAGUGUUGAUAAUGAAUAAUUCAUUGUUCCAAAAGAUCCAGAGUCUCCAAAAAAACAUCUAAGAGGAUCCUAAUCAAAUAAAAUCCUUUUGCCUGCACUUACUGAAUCAACAUAAGUAUCCCUUAGUCCCAUCAAACAAAAAUAAAAACCUAUUGUCAAACAAAAUUCAUUCCGAAAAUCAGAGACAUCUUUUUUUAUGGGUUUGAAUAGACUGAAUAAUGAUUCAACUUUAGAGGCAGGUACUUUCAGGAACAGAGUGGAAACCUACGACAGAACUCAAAUUCCUCCUAUCAAUACACAGAGGUUUUAUGGAAGAAAUACAAUUACAAAUCUAGUGACAUCUCCCAAGAAUAACAUUGCUACAUCAACCAAUCUCCUUAUCCCAAAGAAAAUAAUAUGA